GCUCCAUCCAUCCGAAUGACGAUGGCGACGCGCGACCUCGAGCAGCUCUACGUGGCCACGAAGACUCUGGAAUGCGCAAGGAAGAAGUGCGUCCCAUGUGGAUACAAGAUUGUGGUGCACGCACGUGGCGACGACACAGUGCUGAACCAACGUCCGGAGCUAUGUCCUCGGUUCAAAGCCGCAGUGGACUCGACUCCAGUGUUUCCGCUAGUCGAGACCCAGAUGAAGGUGCUUCUCGUGCACGACGAUGGCCUUGCCUUGACAUCAGUCUUGAAAGGCUACUUGAGUGAUCCACAUCACUUGUCCAUCGCAACCGCUGUACCCAAGGCCCAGAUCGUCAAAGCGUGUCCAGACGCCACCAAGCGCAUCAAGAAGCUCGAGCUGCAGGGCGUGAAAUUUCACUUCGAAGCCGACGUUGCGUCAUUAAGCGAAUAUGGCCAAUUUGACCGCGUCAUUUGGAACUUUGUCGAGUCUGCGACCUCAUCGACCCUUGGCCCAUUCUUCGCGUCCGUGGGGACGGCGCUUGCUCCAAAUGGGCAAGUGCAUUUGACAACCAAGACCCCAGGCGUGGUGGCGGUCGCAGCUGCCCAUGGCCUCGUGCACGUCGGCUCGUUGGUGUUUGAUCGAAGCUUUUGUCCGAGUUACAAAGUCCCGUACAGCGACUGCGACACGUUCGUGUUCGAAGCCAAGGCGACGGGCACGGCAUCGACCGCCGCCUUCCCCGACACAGUGCCAGUGACAGCAACUCUCGUGGACGCGAUCGUGUCGACGUGCUUAGCCAAGUCGAACCACGACACGACCAAAUUGACGAAAGCAGCGAUGAAGAAAGCCAGGCUGGCGCUGCUGCAAAAGAAAAAGCAGACGGUCGACGUGCCAUAUGAGAAGGAGUACUUUGACCUCAUGAACCUGAAGCCAAAGGGAAAGAAGCACAAGGUCAAGCGAAAGCAGGAGUACGAGGCCAACCAAGAAGGCAAGGAGCGCCCAUCCAAACGUGUGCUGCCGCACCGCAUGGAGAACGGCAAGCGGAAAAAGGGGUGGUAGCUUAUCAAGACGUGACUAGUUGGCGUCGAUUUCUAGACUUGAAGGAUGCCCCACGACGCAACGGCAUGCGAAUGUGUGGCCCAUGGCGGCAACGUGUCGAUCGCGAGCUGGAGGUCAGGGGUUAUCACGUCCAGGUAGAACCCGCAGUACGCCACAUUCAACGUCGCGUUGGACUC